UUCAUACUGAAGUUUCGGUACGUGGACAUUAUAUCUUCCGCAUUUCAAAAUAGGUUUGAUAAACAUUGAUAACGUUUACCUGUAUGACCGAGAUAGCAUUAAAAGGUUGAUUUAAGGCGUAUAUUUUGGAAUAGCAAAUAAAACAUUUACGCAUUAAAUUAUAUGUUUUGUGUAAGAAUAAGAACUCAUUGCCAAAGCUAUGGAGGAAUAUGACAACAAAACACUAAAUGAAGUUUUAGAAAAAGUUUCUCCACCAUUUGAAGUAGGUUUGUAUGAUGAAUACUCAAAUCACUCGAUGGAAGCGAGCAACUUGUCCUUAUACGAAGCGAAGAUUAUGGUACAGAGUCAACGGACCAUUCGAAUGGCUAAGGUCAAGGUCAUUGAUGGUGAAGAUUACGACCAAUGCGAUGAAACACUUGCAGAAAGGGCCUAUAGUCAUGAUGGAAAAGAAUUUCUGAUUCCCGUAAACUUUCCGGGAAAAAUUAAGGUGCUAAAGCGAUGUCCGAGUGAUGUUACGAAACCACCGGCACGGUUUCGCAAGAAACAUGAGAAUGUUACCAAAAUAAGCAGUGGUCAACCUAGUGGAAGCCAUGAUGCAGCAGAAAGUAGUUAUGAAACACUUCAAACGUUGGCCGAGGGUAAAAGCCUUGGGUCAGAAUUCCAGUUUGCCUCCAUCAAUCAUGAUUAUAUCGUUGAUUUUGAUGACAUGACCGCCUUUGAAAUGAUGGUCAUAGCUGCUGGGCCUUUUAAACUGAUGGAUGUGUUUAACGUUGGUGUUAUUGUUGGCUGGAGAAGAGAAGAGGAAUACAGAUCUUACAGCACUGUGUUCAUUCCUAGAAAUCUAGGAUACACGUUAAAAGUUAAGAACCAUGCGUUUGCACCAGACAAAACGGGAAGAUUAGCCCGUCUGUAUCCGAUUGGUCACGUUGACACCGACUUCAUUGACAAAAAACUGUAUACUCUCAGCAAAGAUCUCUGUGACCCAAUUUUCCUGAAAAGUCCGGAGCUGUUUACAAACAAUAGCAAUCAAAUAAAGCUGAAACGAUCACUUCCGGUUAGGUUCCAAGAGGAAGAUGCAGAUUUUACCAGUCAGUACGAACAACCAAUACCAGCAUACGAGACAUAUCACGAGACACCGAACGAUUCAGCCACCCGCUACCGGCAUUUAUACACUGAAUCCAGUGCUGCCACAACAACAACGUAUAUGUCUACAAAGUUUGUAGAUAUAUCGCAAGAAGACAGGGAGUCGAUUGUACAGCCGGGCAAGACAAACGAAGACUUUUAUAAGUUGUCCGUCCUGCAUCUUUCGUUCCUAUUGGACUACUGCACAUUACCAACCUUAGCAGAGGAGUGCUAUAAACGGAAAUUCGAUGGGGAAUUUUUCAGGUCCAUUUCUAUUGAUGAUAUAGAGCUGAAGUCAUUGGUAGAUGAUAAAAUGGACAAAACUACUUUCAAGAGGAUAAUGGACGGAUGGCGUCCACAAAUGAAGUGAACUUUUUUUGGAAGUAUCAGUCAAAGAUGGUUAAUGCUUCAUAACGUAAAUAAUAGCAUCAACAUGUGUGGGUUUUUUUCCAUUUCAUCGGGCUGAUACUGCCAUCGAGGACAUUACAUUUAAAUAUGUACAAGUUUGGCUGAUAAUAGCAUAAUAUACAACGACAUCUGACUCAUCCGAUUAAUCAAAUACAUUAAGUGGUGAUUGUCAUUAUAAAUAUACAUACAGUUAAUUUCGUAUUGGCUGAUGCAUGAUAUCUUUUAGAAUGUCUUUUGAUAUGAACUAUUCGGAUAUCUUUUUCAUUGCAAUAUGUACAUAGUUUGUUGUAUCCCAUCGCUAUUAAAUCAUUUGAGCUUAAUAAAAUCACCGAAAAAAAGGUGUAUUAUUACUUGAACUGAAGCCUAGUUUAAUAUCUCAUUUAUCAAAAUGUAAAAACAUGUAAGACGUUUAAUCUAACUCAAAUACAAUAUACCACGUGCUGUAUUGCUUACUUCCCUAAAUAAGAACAUGCAACAAGAACAUUAUUUAUGACUUUUUUAACAAACGUUCAACUCUUUAAAGUGUAUUCUAAAUAUUCAUUUAAAUUGUCGACAGUAAAUCGUAAAUUGAACAGUAAUUUAUUGUGCAUAACUUUUUUAUACACUUAUUCUAAUCUAAUAUCGAUUUCAUUUCUAUUUCAAUACACAGAGACACAUUCUAAACUACCCCAGGUGUCUACUAGUAUUUAAAUAUUUAAUUCCUAUCUAAACAAAUUAAAACAAAAUGGCACAGUCCUGUAGCAAACAUAGUAUACAGAUAAACUUUAUGGCGCCGAGACCAUUGUGUGACAGAAGUCAUUUAACCAUUUGUAUGCAUUCCACGCAAAAAGGCUUUAUUAAAAAAAACAUUUAUUUAUUUCAUUCAUUUAAAUUGGAUGUUUAAUUCAGCAUGUACGUCAAAUUUUAAACAAAUACAACUGCUAGUAAAAGAGGUAGAAGGAUUUUUAGAUAUAUGCUCAGCCCUUCAUGCUUAAGAAGGUCUCCAAAGGAAUUUCGGUGCCGGGACAGACAAACCUUUCCAAUUAUAGCACUUUUAUCCUGUCACAUAUGUGAUUAAAUCAUAUACCAUAUUUUAACAAAAAUGAUUGUUUAAAAUUUAUUUCUCAAAGAACUAAUUUGACCAAAAAAAUGUUAUGUGGAUUCACAUACAUAAUUUACGAACCCUGUAUGAUAUUAAAUUUUUGUUCCUGGCACACCAGAAAAAAUAUCAUUUUGCAGAACACAUAUUUUUUUUUUAUCUCGCCAUUUUGGCUACCCAUGGUCAGAGCCAAGGCAGGGGUCUUGCAUAAACUAAUGGCCAUUUUUUAACUAAUUGUCAUUUUUUAUUACAGAUCUAAGUGUUAAUGAAAAACAGAGAUGUAUUACUUAUACAUGAACAUAACUAUCUUGUCGAUUAAAA